AGCCCACAUCGUUCACCUGCAUUUGUAGAGACAGCCACACACACACACACGCACACACACACACACACACACACAGUAGUGCUUGGCAAACACAGAUGUCAUACAUCAAGCCAGAUCAGAGUUCCUCACCUCCUCAGACUGUACAAGUUUGUCACUGACGGUUGAUUUGGGCUACGCUCCUCACUCUCUCCAUCUCUUUCUCUCCUUUUCUGGAACCUCCUGGCCUUGACUAUAGACGCUCGUGACCCGGUUCCGUCAUGAUCGACCCCGCGGCCGAGCUGCCUUUCUUCUACGGCAGCAUCAGCCGUUUGGACGCCGAGCAGCACCUGAAGCUGGCAGGAAUGGGUGACGGUCUCUUUCUGCUGCGUCAGUGUCUGCGCAGCCUGGGAGGAUACGUCCUGUCUGUCGUCUGGAACCUGGAGUUCUAUCACUACCCCGUGGAGAAGCAGAUGAACGGGACGUACUGCAUCGCCGGUGGAAAGUCCCACUGCGGCCCGGCUGAGCUCUGCGAGUACUACAGCAAGGACGCAGACGGUCUGGUGUGCCAGCUGAAGAAGCCGUGCCUCCGCCCCGCAGACACGCUCAUCAAACCCGGUGUAUUCGAUGCCCUGAGGGACAACAUGCUCCGCGAGUACGUCCGGCAAACCUGGAACCUGGAGGGUGAAGCCAUGGAGCAGGCCAUCAUCAGUCAGGCUCCUCAGUUGGAGAAGCUGAUCGCCACCACGGCUCAUGAGAAGAUGCCUUGGUACCACGGCAAAGUCCAUCGUCAGGAGGGAGAGCGGCGACUCUACUCGGGCUCUCAGCCGGACGGAAAGUUCCUAGUGAGAGAACGAGAAGAAGCUGGCACCUUCGCCUUGUCGGUGAUGUACGGGAAAACCGCCUACCAUUACCAGAUCCUUCAUGACAAAUCAGGCAAAUACUCCAUGCCAGAAGGAACCAAGUUCGACACGGUGUGGCAGCUGGUUGAGUAUCUGAAAAUGAAACCCGACGGUCUGGUGACGUUACUACGGGAACCCUGCGUCAACCAGAACCACGCAACCCAGACUCCAGCCGUGCCUGGACCGAGGAGAGUCUUCUCUAACGGCUACACGCCGCCCCCUGUAGUACCCGGAGCGUGUAAGACCUUUGACCCGGCGAACCGUCAGGCUCUACCGAUGGACAGCGAGGAGUUCCUCAGCCCGUACGCCGACCCCAAGGAGCUCAAGGAGAAGACGCUUUUCAUCAAGCGCGAUAAGCUGAUGGUGGACGAGGUGGAGCUCGGCUCGGGAAACUUCGGCUGCGUGAAGAAAGGCGUGUACAAGAUGAAGAGCAAACACAUCGACGUAGCCAUCAAGGUCCUGAAGAGCGAGAACGAGAAGGCGGUGAAGGACGACAUGAUGCGUGAGGCUGAGAUCAUGCACCAGCUGGACAACCCCUACAUAGUACGCAUGAUCGGCCUGUGCCAGGCCGAGGCGCUGAUGCUGGUGAUGGAAAUGGCACCCGCCGGGCCGCUCAACAAGUUCCUCUCCAGCAGGAAAGAUCAGGUGUCUGUAGAUAACGUGGUGGAGCUGAUGCACCAGGUCUCAUUGGGGAUGAGGUAUCUGGAGGAGAAGAACUUCGUGCAUAGAGAUUUGGCAGCUCGGAACGUGCUGCUGGUCAACCAACAUUACGCCAAGAUCAGUGACUUCGGCCUCUCCAAAGCGCUCGGCGCAGACAAUAAUUAUUACAAGGCACGCACGUUAGGCAAAUGGCCUCUAAAAUGGUACGCUCCAGAGUGCAUCAACUACCACAAGUUCUCCAAUAAAGGUGACGUGUGGAGCUUCGGGGUCACCAUGUGGGAGGCGUUUUCCUACGGAGGAAAACCUUACAAGAAAAUGAAGGGUCCCGAGGUGAUCACCUUCAUCCAGAGCGGUAGCCGUAUGGAGAGUCCACCCGGCUGCCCGGAGCCCAUGUACGAGCUGAUGAAAGAGUGCUGGACCUUAAAUUAUGAAGAGAGGCCGAGUUUCGUGAAAGUGGAGGAGAAAAUGAGGACCUACUAUUACUCCAUUUCUAAGAAGAAACUCACAGAGGAAAAUGGAGAGGCAAAUGAUAAUUAGCUGGAAUUAGAAACGGUCUUCUGUGUGUGUGUGUGUGUGUGUGUGUGUGUGUGUGUGUGUGUGUGUGUGUGUGUGUGUGUGUGAAUGAUGUCAGAGCUGGAAACGAAAUCUCUGCUUAUGAAGUACAUUUUUUUAUCACAUCCUCUUUGAUAUAAAGAAUCAAGUUAAAGAGUUUUUCAUUCUCAGAAUAAACACAUCGCUCUCCUGUUACGUGCCUUUUCCACUUUGUCGUUUUUCCUUGACGUGGUGAAGCGUGAAAUAUUAAAACGACAUUUAUGACAUCAUUUAAUAUUGAUGUUUGGUGGUCGAUAAUAAAGUCUUCUUAAUUCAUAUAAGAAAUUUAGAGGAUUGGGAUUCUGGACAAAUUUAAAUCUCAGUCAAAUGUUUUCACUGAUAUUUUUACACUUGUGUGUGAAUUCUGUGCUGUUUUCUUUUUUUUUCAAGAAUUGUCAUACUUUUUAUUUUACUUUUUAAUAAACUAUGCAAAUACAA